AUGGCUGGCUUCGCGCAUGGGGCUGCGCUGCCAUGGGCGGGAGCAGCCGCGUACCCCACCUACGACAUUCCCGACUCCCUGACCAGCUUCUCCCGAGCGGCUCUCGUGCCGAGAGCCACUGACGAUGCUACUGACCCCGGAAGCAAGUCGAAGAGCUCCCAGGGCAUCGGUAUCGUCAGUUUUCUCACAGCCAUUGGUGUCGCUGCCGCCAUUUUCGCAGCUCAGUUCCUCGUCUUUGUGCUGUUACGAAACAAGCUGGCUCGCAUCUUCAAACCAAAGACGUAUUUGGUUCCCGAGCGCGAGCGAACGGAGUCUCCUCCAAGUAACACUUUGGCAAUGAUCAAGGCCCUUAUUAAAUACGAUGAUCGAGAAGUCAUCAACAAGUGCGGUCUCGACGCCUACUUCUUCCUACGCUACCUGAAAACACUCCUGGUCAUCUUUGUCCCUAUAUGCGCUAUUGUAUUGCCAGUCCUCAUCCCUAUCAACUACGUGGGCGGCAGGGGCCACAAGGUCGAUGUCAACGAUAACGCAGCGAGGAGCAACAACAAUACCCCGACAGGACUCGAUACACUCGCAUGGCAGAAUGUGAGCUCAAGCAACACUAGCCGCUACACGGCUCACCUCGUCAUGGGAAUUCUCGUCAUCAUCUGGGUUUGCGCCGUCUUUUUCUUCGAGUUGCGGGUCUACAUCAAGGUUCGGCAGGACUACCUUACGAGCGCUGAGCAUAGGCUACGCGCGUCUGCCACCACCGUGCUGGUUGGCUCGAUCCCAGACAAGUGGCUCAGCGAAGAAGCCCUCAGGGGGCUUUUCGACGUCUUCCCCGGAGGGGUCAGAAACAUAUGGCUCAAUCGUGACCUGACCAAGCUGCUCGAUAAAAUCUCUGACCGAGACAGUGUUCACUCCAAGCUUGAGUCCGCCGAAACCGACCUCAUCAAAGCCGCAAAGAAGGCACAGCUGAAAAAACGAGACGCCGAAGAAAGGAAGGAGCGUAAGAAGCACAACCUCAAGGCUCCUACAAAGGAGCAAAAGGCCGCUCGGGACAAGGAAGACGACGACAGAGCCAAGGAACUGGCAAACAGCGGCCAAGGGACCGAUUCUGGCGACCAGCACGAAGUCCCCCAUACGGUAGGGGAAGGGGUGCUCGAGUCGGAAAGGGAUCUCGAAGGGCAGCAUGGCCAUGGCCAUGAUGAAGGCGACCGCAAAAAGGCCAAAGGUCACCGCAUGCUCGGCGUCGUGAACCCGCUUGCCAUGGUUGGCAAAGGACUUCGAAACGCCGGCAACGAGGUCAACGACACGUUGGGGACUAGCAACGGCUUCAUGAAUGCUGGCCCGACAACGCAACGGGUGCCAACAAGCCAAGCAACUGGCACUGGAUCCGUCCAGAACGCCGGGGAGCAGGCGGUUGAGUCGAGACGGCCCACUGUGUCGUUCGAAGCGCAACGCAGCCUCUCACGUGCACCAUCGACUAUAUCGGAAAGCUCGACGAAGGCCAUCCAGAAGAAGAUGAGUCGAAAUGCUGCUGCAGGAAACACGGUCCGAGUCUUGGAAAACCCCGACGACAUGAUCUCUCGCCACGAAACCAAGUUCUGGCAAUUCUGGAAACCCCCCACAGGCGGAUAUGCCAACCCUGUGCCUCAAGGCGCGGCAGCCGAAGAGUACCUGGCCAAGAAGGCUGAGAACCCAAAAACGUUUGGGCAAGCAGUCAAGAACUUCAUUCCGUUCAUGGGAAAAAGCGAAGACGAGGAGCCCGUGGAGUACCCCGAGGCGCACAAUCCCGAUUAUCAACAGGACGACGACAGUGAAGCGGAGUGGGCAAGGUAUCUUAAGAAGAAGGAUCGCCCCACGCAUCGUCUGCCCCCUUUCGGAGUCAAGUGGCUGCCAGGACUGCCCUUGUUCAACAAAAAGGUUGACACGAUAUAUUGGUGCCGCGAAGAGCUUGCGCGCCUGAACAUGGAAAUCGAGGAGGACCAGAAACAUCCUGAGCGCUUCCCGCUGAUGCCGUCGGCCUUUGUGCAGUUCAACCACCAGGUCGCCGCACACAUGGCUUGCCAAAGCGUUGUCCAUCACUUGCCGCGUCAAAUGUCGCCCCGCAUGAUCGAGAUUUCUCCGCGAGACGUCCUUUGGGAUAACAUGGCUCUCAACUGGUGGCAGGAAUGGCUUCGGUCAGGCAUCGUAACUCUCACAGUCUUUGCCAUGGUCUUCCUGUGGGCCAUCCCCGUUGCUUGGACAGCGGCUUUGAGCCAGCUCGACAAGAUCAUCGCCGAUGCGGACUGGGCCGGUCCUCUCAGAGACAACAAGACGAUAUCAAACCUUAUCAAGGCCAUUGCAGGUGUCUUGCCAGCCGCCACGCUCGCACUCUUGCUUAUCCUCGUUCCCAUCAUACUCAGCUUGCUGGCAAAGUUCAAGGGUGCCAAGACUGGAGCUCAGAGAAGCGAGUUCGUGCAGGUCUACUACUUUGUAUUCCUGUUUGUCCAAGUCUUCCUUGUCGUCUCAAUCGCGUCUUUCUUUGCGCGAUCUAUCACGGAACUGAUCGAAAACAUCAAGCGGCUACAGUCGGUUACGAAUGUGUUGAACCUGCUUGCGGACAAUCUUCCUGCGGCCGCAAACUACUUCUUCUCCUACAUGGUCCUCCAGGCUCUGUCGACAAGCUCCGGUACGCUGCUCCAGGUCGGGGCGCUGCUCAUGUGGUUCAUAGUCGCCCCCCUGUUCGACAGCACGGCACGGAACAAGUGGACACGAAACACGUCGCUCAACGAUAUCAAUUGGGGCUCCUUCUUCCCCGUCUACACCAACUUCGCCUGCAUCGGCCUGAUAUACUGCGUCAUUUCGCCGUUGAUUUCCAUCUUUGCAGUCAUCACGUUUAGUUUACUGUGGCUUGCUCAGAGGUACGCCAUGCUGUACGUCAACAGGUUCGAAAUGGACACGGGCGGCGUGCUUUACCCGCGCGCCAUCAACCAGACCUUCACGGGCAUUUACUUCAUGGAGCUUUGCAUGGCGGGCCUAUUUUUCAUCGUCCAGGACGCAGACGGAACACACACUUGCACCCCGCAUGGUGUCGUCAUGCUGGUGGUUCUGAUCUUGACAAUCAUCUACCAGGUCCUCCUGAACAUAUCUUUCUCGCCGCUGUUCAGAUACCUGCCAAUGACGUUUGAGGAUGAAGCUGUCCUGCGAGACGAAGCCUUCCAGCGAGCUCAGGACGUUCGCUUCGGCCUCCUUCGGGAUGCGUCGCAAGGUGACGAUGAGGACGAAACAGGAAGCUUACGGGAAAAGCUUUCGCGGCCGUCAGGCAGUGACAAGGACAUUGAACUGCAGGACCUGGACCCGCAACGGCGAACGCAGGGCCAGAUGCUCCGCAGCCACGUAAAGCAGGUCGGCAACUGGGCCAAGGGCGGUGGCAAGCAGGUUGGCAACUGGGCCAAGGACGGCGGCCAGCAGCUUCGAAAGUUGAAGGGCAUCGGGGACAACACCCGAGCGGCUCGUUAUCGCCGGGAGCAACGCCAGAAGGAUCUCGAGUCACAGCGCGCGAUAGGGGACGCCUUGUUUGGCGGCGUCCACGACGACAUCGAGGAUCUGACGCCCGAGGAGAGGGAUAUCCUUACGCAACACGCAUUCCAGCACUACGCCCUGCGAGCCAGACGUCCGACGGUCUGGAUCCCGCGCGACGACCUCGGGGUUAGCGAGGAUGAGAUUCAUCGGACCAAGGCCUACAGCGAGCACAUCUGGAUCAGCAACGAGGGUACGGCCCUCGAUAGCAAAGUGCGUGUCGUGUACGGAAAGAACCCGCCCGACUUUUCCGAGGUGGACAUCAUCAACCUGUAA